GGAGCAGUUGAGAGAGAGAGAAAGAGCCCAAAGCGUCGUCGUUUCAUCUAGAUUCUGGCGGGAACGGUUCCGUUUCCCGCCAAAGAGAGCAAAAACGAGAACAACGGUCUCUCCCUCUCUCUCUCUCUCUCUCAGAAAACCAAAAAGCCUAAUUUCUCUGAAAGAUUCAGAUUCUCAGAAUCUCAAGAGAAAAAUGCUAGAGCUAAGGUUGGUCCAAGGCAGCCUCUUGAAGAAGGUUCUGGAAGCGACCAAGGACCUGGUCAACGACGCCAACUUCGACUGCUCGGCGGCGGGGUUCUCGCUCCAGGCCAUGGAUUCGAGCCACGUGGCCCUGGUGGCCCUCCUCCUCCGAUCUGAGGGCUUCGAGCACUACCGCUGCGACCGCAACCUCUCCAUGGGCAUGAACCUCAACAACAUGGCCAAGAUGCUCAAAUGCGCCGGCGACAAAGACGUCGUCACUAUCAAGGCCGAUGACGGCGGCGACAGCAUUACCUUCAUGUUCGAAAGCCCUACUCAAGAUAAGAUUGCGGACUUUGAGAUGAAGCUGAUGGACAUAGACAGUGAGCAUCUUGGCAUCCCAGAAGCAGAGUUCCAAGCCAUUGUUAGGAUGUCGUCGGCUGAGUUUGCAAGGAUUUGCAAGGACCUUAGUUCCAUUGGUGAUACUGUUGUGAUAUCUGUGACAAAGGAAGGGGUGAAGUUCUCCACCAGAGGUGAUAUUGGGACUGCCCAUAUUGUUUGCAGGCAGAAUACUAGUGUGGACAAGCCAGAAGAAGCUACCAUUAUAGAAAUGGAGGAGCCAGUCGCAUUGACCUUUGCUCUGAGGUAUAUGAACUCAUUUACAAAGGCAACCCCUUUGGCAAACCAAGUGACAAUCAGCCUGUCUUCGGAUAUGCCUGUUGUAGUUGAGUACAAAGUGGCGGAAAUGGGUCACAUAAGGUUUUACUUAGCUCCCAAGUUAGAAGAAGAGGAGAAUCAAACUCAAGUUGAAGCCAGGCCUCAGGCGGACAUCAAGCCUGAAGCGGAGGCCAAACCUAAAGCAGAGACCAAGCCUAAAUUGGAGAUCAAGCCUGAAGAGGAGAGUGAUCCUCAAGUGGAAAGCAGGACUCUGGAGGAACCCAAGGUUGAAGAUGAUCUUAUGGAUGAUGAGUAGUUCAUUUGGUGGUAAUUGCCUCUUAUCAUCUAACAAAUAUCAAUUAGCUUGUUUCUAAUUCAGCUAUCCUCUGUUUGGGUUGAAAGAUCCUAAAGACUUGAGAUGUUAGGGAUAAUUAGGUUUUGUACAGAUAAUCCCUAGAUAGUAUUCUUAUAUUUCAACCAAUUCUAGAUGUUGCCCAUUGUUGAUUACUGCUGAAGGCUGUUGACACCUCAAUUUAAGCUGAAUGCCUGAACCUAAUUCAAUUGCUAGAUUUUGCUACACUAAUGUUAGUCUAAUGGGUAAAGUGGAUUAGGUACUGUGAAAAAGCUUCUUAUGUGGUCAAGUAUAGCAGCGUUCUUUGUAUCACAGAAAAAUAUCAUGGCAUUGCUAAGGGAUCCGGCUAAAGAUUGAUUGGUAGCUUAUUUUCUUCA